AUGGAAAGUUCCAGGGGCUGGAGAGCCCUAGGUAGAAAGCGUGGCGGCGGGGGCGGGCCGAGGGGCGUGGCCUCGCGAGGGGGCGUGGCCCCCACUGCGCAGCUGCCGGAGCCUUUAAGCCCGGGCUCGCGCGGCCGGAGCGUGCUUUCGCCGCCGCCGGGGAGCCGUCCGCUUCAGCCGCCGGUGCGUUCCCACCCAUCCCUCCCCUCGCAACCCCGGGCCCGCACCCGCGUCCCCGCCCCUUCGCACCGGGGGACCCAGUCCGCUUCGGAACCGCGCGCCGAGCGUUCGGGCAUGCCCCGCUACGAGCUGGCUUUGAUUCUGAAAGCCAUGCAGCGGCCAGAGUCUGCUGCGGCUUUGAAACGUACAGUAGAAGCCCUGCUGGACCGAGGAGCCAUUGUGAGGAACUUGGAAAACCUGGGUGAGAAAGCACUUCCUUUCAAGAUGUCUGCCCAUAGUCAGCAGCACAAGAGAGGCGGGUAUUUCUUGGUGGAUUUUUAUGCCCCCACCACAUCUGUGGAUACCAUAUUGGAGCACUUGUCACGAGACACUGAUGUGAUUAGACCGACUAUUGUAAAACACCCUCUGACCCAGGAAGUAAAAGAGUGUGAAGGCAUUGUCCCAGUCCCACUUGAAGAAAAAUUAUAUUCUGCGAAGAAGAGAAAGAAGUGAAAAGGUUUACUGGACAUUUCCUUCUGUUUACUCAUCAUGCCUGAGCUAUGAGGAUGAGUAGUUAUGAGCCUGACAUUUAUCUAAGUGUGUUUUAGCUCUAGAUCCUUUGGCUGUGAGAGGUGUGGGAACUGCUUGCCAAUGGCUGCUGUGGAAUCAGUGGUAACGGCAGAUGAUUCUUGAUUUCAUUCUCAAUAGUGUAAUUUCUUCAUCAGUGAGGACUUCCCUUUCCCUUUUGGAACAGCAGCACUGCCUUGCACUGCAAGCUGGCCACUCACACUGUAUAAACAAAAAUCAAAACUCCUUAUGUUUUAUGGAGAGCAAAGGUCAGAGUAAUAAACACCAUUUUCCAAA